GCCACUUAUAAAAGAAAAGCCUGAAACCUGGACGAAGGCAGUCACUCAAGGUAAUCAAACCCAAAUUUAAGCGUCCAUCACCUUGAGGUGAUCUCAGAAUUCAGGGCCUUUAAUAAUGAGGCAGAAUUAUACGAUUUUAGUCCUUUAAAGCCUGAACUAUGAAACAGUUGUUUAGCCCAGAGCUUCACAUUUAUUUUCCAGUUUAUUGAAUAUAAUGUAUUGUGCACUUUGAGGAGGGGAAAAUUACACUGAUGAUGUAGAAGUUAAAAAAAAACUGAUGUAUGACAUAUCACACACUUGGUGUCACCGCGCUUGGGGUCCAAGAAUCAAACUUGAGCCUUGCUUGGUCUGGUUUAAAGGUAGCUGAGUCACGUGUUCGCUUUUAGUGUGUUUUUGUGUAAGUCGAGGUCUCUGGGUCGUCGAGGUCCCCCUGCUCUCGCUUGAUGUGCUCACAGCUUCGUUGCCCACAGCAGAGCUGCUACCUGCACUGAGGAAGGAGGGGUCAUGCGCGCACCUGCGCUCGCCCUCAUGCGUCUCGCCUUGGGAACGCGGGUCCAAAGGACAGCGUAAGCGCGCACCGGCCCUCGCGGGUCUCGUGGCUCUGUGUUUGCGUGUCCUCGGCUCAGGCCCGAGCCGACAAUAAACAGAUGAAGGCGGCCGCGAUGGGAGGAGAGGACUGAGUAGAGGGCAGGUCCAGAAGGGCGCGGUCUCCUUCUCCUCCUCCCGCGGCACCUCGUGUGCACUGUAGCAGGCUUGCUUCCUGCCAGCAUUUCUGCCAGCCGCCCCGCGCCACAGCGACGCAUUGAGAGGAAAACCGAGAGACAGAAACCGCUGCGGGGACACCCCGUGACCGCCGUGUCCAACAGCCUACGCGCCGCGCGCCUCCGCGUCUGUCUCCGAGCCCGUUUCUCAUAGUUUCAACGCAGAGGCACAGCUUUGAACCUGCCUGCCAAGAUAAACUCACCUCUCCUAUUUAUGCCCCUGCACUCCGCGUGCACUCGGGACACGCAGUGCGUGAGCAGCGGCGCAGAGGACAGGUUCACUUCUCUCCAGCUGGGCUCCAGCGGCGCACUGGCCACUUUUACGCGCCGGGAAUGGCGACUUCUGGGGACUCUGGGAUGAGUCCUGCUCUGUUGUCUCCGCUCUAAGAUUACAAAGGGGAACCCACGCGUGGAAGGAGGGGACACUCCAACAGAAAUACAGCGGAGACAUAUUGGCCUCCCGCAGUAGGUGGGAGGGGGUGACACACCGGCCGCCAGGCGGAAUGCUGCUCUCGACGCUGGUGACGUGCCUCGCCGGGUGCGCGUUCCUCCUGUCACCGGUCAGCGAGGGGUGCGGACCGGGCAGAGGCAAUGGCAAGAGGCGGCCGCCGCGGAAGCUGGUCCCUCUCGCCUACAAGCAGUUCACCCCCAACGUGGGCGAGAAGACGCUGGGAGCCAGCGGGAGAUACGAAGGGAAAAUUACCCGGAACUCCGAGCGCUUCAAGGAGCUCACCCCCAACUACAACCCCGACAUCAUCUUCAAGGAUGAGGAGAACACAGGUGCAGACCGCCUGAUGACGCAGCGCUGCAAAGACAGGCUGAACUCUCUGGCCAUCUCGGUGAUGAACCUGUGGCCUGGGGUCCGGCUACGGGUCACCGAGGGCUGGGAUGAGGACGGCCACCACUCGGAGGAGUCGCUGCACUACGAGGGCCGGGCGGUGGACAUCACCACGUCGGACCGGGACAGGAACAAGUACGCCAUGCUGGCACGGCUGGCAGUGGAGGCUGGAUUCGACUGGGUCUACUACGAGUCCAAAUAUCACAUCCACUGCAGUGUCAAGUCAGAUCACUCAGUGGCGGCUAAGUCUGGAGGUUGUUUCCCUGGUGAGGCCUUGGUCAUAUUGGAAAGUGGAAGUCAGAAGCCCGUCAGCGAUCUGCGACCCGGUGAGCGAGUCCUCGUCUCGUCAGGCAGUGACGGUAGCGGUGAGCUUGUGUUCAGUGAGGUCCUGACUUUCCUCGAUCGGGACCCCAAGACCCGAAAACUCUUUUACACCCUGCAGACUGAAGCUGGAGCUCAGCUCUCACUCACUGCCGCCCACCUGAUAUUUGUAUCCAAAGAGAACUGCUCAGAAGGGACGGUGCCAGCCCGCAAUGCCCUCAGGACUGUGUAUGCCAGCAAUGCCCAGCCGGGACAGUGUGUGCUGGUGUCAGAGGGUAAAGCGGGACAGAAGCACAGGGAGGGGCGUCUGUCUCGGAUCAGCCGGGUGACAGUAAAGGAGAUGAAAGGGGUGUUUGCGCCGCUGACCCAGCAGGGGACGGUGGUGGUGGACGGGGUGGUGGUGUCCUGCUACGCAGUGGUGGACCAGCACUCCCUUGCUCACUGGGCCUUUGCCCCACUCAGGCUGAUCCACAGCUGGACUCGGACCACUGGGGGCCACAGUGAUGGGAUCCACUGGUACUCGCAGCUUUUACACUGGCUGGGGAGGAAGUUGUUGGACUCAGGACGCCUCCACCCACUGGGAGUGGCUCAGGACAACAGGUGAGGAAGCUGAACUGCAAAGUAAGAGCCAAAUAAGACCCUAAUGAACUUCCUGCGGCGAUGGGAGACAUUUGGCUUCCUGCUGAGGCCUGAUGGGAAGAAUAAAAAAACUCGAAGUGACACAGAUGAGACCAAAUGAACAUUCAGAUUUAAAAAACUGCACAAACAAAUGUUUUUUUUGUUUGACAUUUAUAUUUGUAAAACACUAUGAAGCAAUAAUCCCUUAAAACAUCCUUAUUUAACUCUAAAAACACGUAAAUUGAAAAAUCCAUUAAUUAUAAAAUUAAGACGAUGGUAAGGUUGACAUGAGUCUCCCUUAAAUUGGUUGGUUAUAUGUUGGUGGGUCAAGAUACUUAUAGGUUGAAAAUGAUUAUAAUUUUAGAGGUUUCUACUUUGAAAGCUGUUUAUGGUAAACUGUUGAUAUUUUCUGGAUUAUGGGAAUUUUAAUGUGAUUUUUAAACAACACAACAAAUCCCAUGAGGGGAAAAAAGUGAUGUAUUUUAAGGGUUUCCUUUAAGAUACUGUUAAAAUACAGACAUAUAUUAAAAAGACUUGUAACCAUUAAACAUAGUUUUAGAAAUAGAAAAGUUAUUUGGUUUUAUUAACGUUUUAAAGGGGUUUUAGCCUCCUGUAAUUUCAGAUAAUCUCUUAAUUUAUCCCAUAAUUUGUCCUUAAUCUGGUGUAAACCUCGAAACUCCCUGAUUACGGAAAUUGUAUCUGUUUUCACCUGACCCCAAACCAAACCUCUAACCCUGAAAAAGUCCUUUUUUGUUAAUUAAUGGAUGUUUCCAGUUUUCAAAUGAGCUACUCGUACUACACUAUGAAAUCUGGGCGGAUUAGUGUGAGAUUUAAGGUGUAAUUUUAAGGGAUUUUGUUUCAUAGUGGAGCCUGGGUUGGGGUGGAGGGCUGUGCUCUUUGUAAAAGGACAAAAUGUAUUUUUUUUUCUCCAACACAUGUACUUUCCUGCUUUAAUACAGAGAUUUUAGAAUGAAUAAUAGAAUGUAUUUAUGAUAUUAUUUGUUUACAGAAAAUCUAAUAAUGUUUAUGAAGUUAUUAUUAUGGGAAAAGAGAUAUUAAAAAGAUUUAUUUUUGAAAUUAAAUUAUAUGGAAAUGAGCCGAGUGGUGCUGCCUCAUUUCUGUCCCUGUGACUAUAUUCUAAAGUGGGUUACAAGCUGCGGUCCAAGUGAGCAGGGUAUUUUUGACAUAGCGACACAGAAGUGAAACUGAAAUGUUUCAGAAAAACAAAACAAAACAAAAAAUAAUAUAUUACUAGGCUCAGUGUUAUUAGCCCCCUUGAAAAACUGACCUGACCUGGGGAUUUUCUUCUGAUUUACACAGGGUAUAAAAACAAAGUUGUCACAGUGUUAAGGAGUUGCUAAUGUUUGAAGAAAGUGUAGUGAAGCACCAGCAGUGGUGGGAGUAUUAUGCUGUGGAGAUGCUUCAGCAUGUCUGGAACUGAGAAUCUUGUCAAGGUGGCAGGAAUCAUGAAGAAAGAAGGAGAUGUGGCGAUUUUGAAAGAAAAUAUCUUUUGGUGGUGCAGCGGUUAGCACCAUCGCCUCACAGCAUGAAGGCCCGGUCCUUUUCUGUCUGGAGUUUGCAUGUUCUCUCCAGGUAAUCUGGAUUAUUUCCUCAGACAUGCAUAGAGUUAGGUUAACUGGUGUUUCUAAAUGAUAAAAUUAUAGACUGUGGUAGCCCUGUGAUGGAUUGGUGACCUUUCCAGAGUGUACACCACCUCUCGCCUUCUGACAACUGAGAUAAGCUCCAGAAGAAAAUGGAUGGAUGGAUGCUGAGGUCUCAGUUUUCCAAUCUUCAUGUGCGUUUAUCCUGUACUCUGAGCUCUUGGAUUACCAGGGUGUAAACAGGUUUUCAAACUCUGAUAUGAUGCCCUUUGCCAUCCUGAUCUGUGCUGGUCUAGUAAUAAAAAUAUGCUUCAUGAAACGUCUCAGGUGGAGAUAUUAUAUUUUAUGUUCAGACACAAUUCGUGCCCCCUUUCUUCAAAAGAUGUCAUAAACUCAUAUUUUUAUUUAAGUUCAUUAUAAUAACACUGCCAAAACUUACAAUUACCCAGAAAAAAGAGGACAAAAAACACUCCGAGAGACUCAAUUAGAUGCACAACACAUCCUCAAGACACCUGUCUUCAGGUGCGGAGGUUUUACCUGGACGUGCCUUUACUGACACCUGCUGGCUGCUCACAAAAGAAGCAGGUGAGCUUUGUCAGCUCUCGUGUCUGUCGGUGUAUUUCUGCCGCUGAUGAAUGUGCGGCCUUCCGA